ACCCUGGCCACCGAGGAGCAUCCAAUGGGAGCUGAUGGGAUGUACGACAAGCUACGGAUGCUGAAUGUCCAGACAGGGAGCUGGGGGGGGAGGCCAGGCUGGUACCAGGGAAGCUCGGUACCAGGGCAAGGGAGUACAGACAGCUGCCAGCAGCUGGAGGUCAGAGGUGAAAAUGGCAGUGGGGUUAAUGUAAAUGGAGAUGAUUCUGACGAGUCCCAGAUUCGCCUGCAGCUGAAGAGGAAGCUCCAGCGCAACCGCACGUCCUUCACACAGGAUCAGAUCGAGGCAUUGGAAAAAGAAUUUGAACGCACUCACUAUCCAGAUGUCUUUGCCAGAGAAAGGCUAGCAGCUAAAAUCGACCUCCCUGAAGCCAGAAUACAGGUAUGGUUUUCAAAUCGACGUGCCAAGUGGAGGAGGGAAGAGAAACUCCGUAACCAAAGGAGGCAGGCAUGUAGCGGCCCAAGCCAUGUUCCUAUCAACAGCAGCUUCUCGCCAACACUUUAUCAAUCGAUUCCGCAGCCCGCCACCUCAGGACCAAUGCUGGGCAGAAACGAGACCUCUCUCGCAAACAGUUACAGUGGGCUUCCACCGAUGCCAGCUUUUGCCAUGGCAAAUAAUCUUCCAUUGCAGCCUCCAGUUCCAGGCCAAACCUCCUCGUAUUCCUGCAUGAUUCCAGCCAGCCCAGCUGUCAGUGUGCGGAGCUAUGACACAUACACCCCUCCGCACAUGCAGCCGCACAUGAAUUCACAGUCCUUGGCUUCAACAGGAGGCUCUUCUACAGGACUUAUCUCUCCUGGAGUGUCGGUCCCAGUUCAGGUCCCUGGAGGUGAUCAGGACAUGGCUCAGUACUGGCCCAGGCUGCAGUAA